AUGCAAAACAAUAACAACAACAAUUCCGAACAAGCUUGCAUAUUAUCCUUGAACGAAAUGAAUUCAAAUGUGGAGCUAGACAACCAAUCCACAUCAACUUGCACCCACGAAACGAAUUUUGAUCUUCUCUAUGACUAUCUUACCGAUAUAAAAUUCACACCAUCAGACAUCAAUUCAGUAAUUCGUAUUGUUGAAGAAAAUGCUAUCAGAAGUAUUGCUGUUCUAAAUUUUUUUGAUGAUGAAGAGAUCAUGUCAUUUGCAAGAUCCAUCAUCAAAGCAGUGAUUUCUUUCCGAUUGCAAUCCGAAAAUGAUAAAUCCAAAGAUUUCUCAUAA